AUGGCCCCAUCGAUCGCCAUGUCAGCUCUGACCGCUGCUCUGAAAACCGAAGACCUUCCUCCCCGCUCGGCUCUCCUCAGCAGAGGCGAGAUGCAGACCAGCCUGAGUCCCGCGGAGGAGACCAGGAAGCCCAAAGUGGCGAUCCUUCCCUUCAGCGUGGAGGCACUGAUGGCUGACAGGAAGCCCAGCAGAGAGGUGCCAUCCCCGGACCCAGCCCUGUCCGUGGCCGGGACGUCCCAGGUGCUCGGGAAGGGCGCACGGAUGGGCUCCUUCGGGAGUCUGGAUACUGCACUUCCUGCUUUGCCCAUGAGCUCUUCGUUUUCCAUGGGAGAGAUCAUGAACAUGCAGGACGACGUGCUGAUUAAACCCGAGAGCCCGGACAGUAACGAGAGGUCUUCAUGGAUACAGAGCCCUCGCUUUUCCCCUACACCUCCACGAAGGUUGAGUCCUCCCGCGUGUCCUCUGCGAAAACACAAGACGAACAGAAAGCCCCGGACCCCGUUCACCACGUCCCAGCUGCUGGCCCUGGAGAGGAAGUUCCGCCAGAAGCAGUACCUUUCCAUCGCCGAGCGCGCAGAGUUCUCCAGCUCCCUCAACCUGACGGAGACCCAGGUCAAAAUCUGGUUUCAGAACAGGAGAGCCAAAGCCAAGCGGCUGCAGGAGGCAGAACUUGAAAAACUGAAAAUGGCAGCUAAGCCGAUGCUGCCCCCAGCUUUCGGGAUUUCCUUUCCUCUUGGUGCGCACGUCCCCGGGUCCUACGGAGGCUCGCACCCGUUCCAGAGGCACUCGCUGCCGGUUUCCCCCAUGGGACUGUACGCCGCGCACGUCGGAUACAGCAUGUACCACCUGGCUUGA